CCGCCCAUUCAGUAGGAUGAAAGGUCACCUUGGGGUAGUAGUCAACUUCUUCUUCAUAUGUACUUCAACGCCUGAAAUUGCAAGCCUUGAAUAAAACCAGGUUUCAUUAACGUGAUGUUGGAGCAUGUAACACAAGUGAUAGCCUCGGGACAUGGCCGUCUGUCGCAGCCCUGAGCGCUGCGGGCCAUACGGAAUGAAAUGUCGAGGCAGGCGCUAGGAGCCAGUCGCAGAGCACAUACGGUUGCUCUGUGCUGGCUCAAGCUCACCUUACAACAUGAAUCGGUCAUGGACUGUGCGAAUUUGGCUUUCGCUUCUUAUCUCGUUGCAUGCCUGCUUUUUACAUACUGAGGCUGGCGACUCGGGCCCAGGCUCGGAGUGCGGGAGUGAAGUGGCAGCGAGCGUGCUCAGGAAGAGGGCCAACUCGUCAACCUGCACCAACACAACUGGGGCCCCGGCGCUGGAUACGACCGCAGAUGGAGUGCUGUUCCACCCGUGCAUAGCGGAACAGGAUGGCAUGAGCGCGCUGGGCACAUCUGUCUUGCUCCUGAACCACACCAGCUACUCGUGGGGAGGGCGCUAUGACCCCAUCGCUCAGGUCCGCACGUACGCCAGCGCAGCACAGGCGGGCGUGCCGCUGGACGUGACGGUGGUGGACCCCGCCUGGUGGGACGCCCGCUCCGGCGGCCAGGUGGAGGGGCUGAGGAGCACCGCCGACAUAGCCGGCUAUGCAGGCUGGGCUCUGGUCCCCAGCGCUCUGAGCGGGCUGCGGGCUGAGGGCCGGCUGCAGCCGCUGGACGGGCUGGUGGGCGCCUUGCGGCCGCUGAGUGCGGUGUGGCAGGACAUCCCCAGGGUGUUCCGGGACGCGGCUGCGGUGUACGACGGCCAGGUGCUCAGCCUGCCGUACAGCGCCGAGGUGCCGCUGCUGUACUGGCGCAAGGACGUGUUUGCGCAGCUGGGCCUGGGCCCGCCUGCCACCUGGGAUGAGGCGCUGCGGCUGGCGGCGGUCAUCGACGGAACACGGAUUCCCUGCUCCGGCAGCCCAAACGAGACCUGUGUGCAGCACGGCUUUUGUUUCGGCAUGCCGUGGGGCUGCUUCUACGACGGCCUGGCGCUGAGCGCCAUCUGGGCCUCCAUGGUGGCUGCGUACGGCACCAAGGGGGGGCUGUACUUCGACCCGGCCACCAUGCAGCCGCUGUUCACGGGCCCUGCCAUGCGCGAGGCGCUGCGGCUGUACCGCGCGCUGGAGGGACUGGGGCCGCGGCCGCCGCAGCCGUGCUUCCGCAUGGAGGAGGACUACUACCUGCGCCAUUGCUCCUUCGGCGUCAGCCUCACCAGUCUGUUUAAGACGUUUGGAUUUGCCUACGGCGGCACCCUGCGCGGCCUUAUGGGCGUGUCACUGCUGCCCGGCUCACACCUCGUGCAAGACCGGGCGACAGGCAAGCUGGAGCCAUGCACGCCCCAGCUCUGUCCCUACGCCACGCCACACGAGGCGGCACCGCCCCCGCCCUCGUCCCAGCCACAACCGCAAGCGCAGCAGGAGCAGCAGCAACAGCAGGAGCAGGGCUCUGAGACUGUGCUCCUGGUCAACCGAUCUCCAUACCUGGGUCGCGGGGCCUUCUCUUUCGCGCUGAACCGCCAGGCGCCGCCAAACGCCGCGCUAGCAGCACUGCGAGCGUUCACCUACAGCGUUACGUAUCAGGGCGGCUGGCCCUGGGCGCUGGACCCCACCUCCCGCACCUCGCCCGUGCGCACCAGCCACCUGUCGCCCGCGGCGCUGCCGGUGUGGGUGGCGGCCGGCUACCACCCCGACGACACGGCCGCCUUUCUGGCCGUGGUGGCGGAGUCGCUGCAGCACCCCAACAUGGCGCUGGGGGCGCGGCAGCGCGGCGGCACGGAGCUGGAGGCGGCGGUGGCGGACGCGGCGGUGGCGGCGGCGUACAACGGCACGGCGCCGGAGGAGCUGGUGCAGAUGCUGGGUCAGCGCUACAGCUCCAUGCUGGCGUCACAGUACGGUGGCGAUGUGGCGGCGCUGCGGGCCGCGUACUGGCAGGACCUGGGCCUUCGACAAGACUGGCCGGCCCCCGGCGGGCCGGCGAUGCAGCCCGGCGCCGGCGGCAGUAGCAGCGGCAGCGGCAGUAGCUCGCUGUCCCCCGAUGCCGUUGCCGGCAUCGUGGUGGGGUGCGUGCUGGCGGCCGCGCUGGUCGCCACGCUUGCGGCGGCGCUGCUGCUGCGGCGGCGGUGGCGGUUGGUGCGGUCGGCGCUACAGCCUGUGUCGGCUCCCGGCUACAGCCCAGACACCUCGCUGUGUAUCACCGACAUCCAGUCCUCCACACAGCUCUGGGAGGCGCUGGACGCGGGUGUGAUGGACGCGGCGCUCAACCUGCACAACAGCGUCAUCCGCAUGCUGCUGCCCAAGCACGACGGAUACGAGUGUCAUACUGAGGGCGACAGCUUCAUUGUCGCCUUCCCGUGCGCGGCCUCCGCCGUCGCCUUCGCGCUAGAGGUGCAGGUGUCCAUGAUGCACCAGCCCUGGCCCGAGGCAGUGCUGCAGCAGGAGCCCUGCGCCGUGGUCUACCACCACGCCUCGCCCGCGCCCGCCGCCACCGCGCCUGCGUUCCUGCCCAGCGGCCCGAUGGCCCUGGCCUCACCGGGGCCCUGGCCACCAGCUGGGGGCGGCGGUGGCGGCGGCGGCGGCGGCGCGGGCCCGUCGGCGGCUGCCUCUCGGGCGCCGUCGGCUUUGGAGGCCGCGCCGCCGUAUGAGCACCUGUACGCGUCGCUUGCCUCGAGCAGCAUUGUGGCGGCCCUGCAACGCAGCGCCACCGCUACCACGUUUGCCGCCGCCGCCGCCGCCGCGGUCGCGACAACAGCGCCGGAAGGCGGCGAUGGCGCGCCGACGGACUGGCACUCGGCGGUGACGUCAGAAGCCGCAGCGGCAGCGCUUGCGGCGGGGUCAGGGAGCGUCAGACGGCCCUCGCCUGCCGACUUCAGCUCCAACGUGCUCCGGAUCCAAACGCCUGCCUCCGCCGCCUCCGGCAUCACGCAGGCGGCGCUGCUGCAGUCCAACAACUCUAUGCCGCUCGGCGGACUGGUGCACGCGCUCUCCGCAGCCGCCAGUGGCAGCGGCACCCUUUUCGGCGGCGGCUGGCGGCGGCUGAGUCUCAUGGGUGGCGGCGGCAGUGCUGUCGGUGGCAUAGGAGGAGGGCCGGGCAGCGCGCGACGCGCCACGAGCGGCAACAGCCGUGCUACUCUGUUAGGAGGUGCCAGCAGCAUGGGCUUGGGUGGCGGCGGCGGUGGCGGCGGCGGCGGCGGGCAGGGGAUGGCGAUGGGCGUGGGUGCCUUGGGGCUGCCAACCAGCAGUCCCGGCGUGAGCGGCGCCUUCCCCGUCAGUGACCUCCCGCCUCUCAGUGACGAGGGGGACGAUGAGGAGGCGGAUGUCGGCGAGGACGUCACCGAUGGCGGCGCCGCUGUUGGCGGCAGCACCCAUGGCGGCGGCGGCAGCGGCGGGCGGGAUGAUUCCGAGUCGGACAGCUUGCCAACAUUGCUUGCCUCGCCGGUGCUCAUGCCGCCGUCCGUGGCGGCGGCGGUCCGUGCCGCCUCCAUUCAACACCAUCGAAUUUCGAUGGGGUCUGGAAACUUCCCGUCCAGAGAAAUCAGCCCGGACCCAGGGCCCGGAUCUGGGCCGGGUGGCGUGCAAGGCCCGCCGCUCUCGCCGGCGGGGGCUGCCGUUGUGCUGCCGCAUCACGCCGGCUUGCGUUCAUCGCGCCUCAGCUUCCUCCGGCGCCUCCAGGGCAAGCCGCACCCCAGCCAUGUCUCGCCCUCGCCCUCCGCCGCCGUGGGCACGGUCACAGGUGCAGGCACGGGCGGGCCUGAUACCCACUUGGGCGCGCUGCCGCCGUCGUCAUCACAGUUUUGGACGCCAGCGCAGCUGCCGUCGGCCCUGCUGGGCCGAGCCAGCAGCGGCGAGGCGCCGGCGGACUCGGGCGCCAGCGUCAGUGCAAACCUGAGAGCUCUUCAGGUCCUCAUCAAGCGGCAGACCGGCACCGCGCCGCCCACGCUGCUGCCCAUCCGCUCCGGCCGCUCCACUGGUCUGAACACAACCGAGCUCGGCGGCGGCGCAGCGGCAGCCCUGGCCGCGGGGGAGGGCGAGCAUGCGUUGCUGCCGCGGCGCGGGGGCCAAACCAGCGGCAGCGGCACUCCCAUGGCUACACCGGCGGAAUUGCGGCAGUUCAGCUCGCGCUACAGCCUGAACUACCCAAGGCAGGACAGCGGCACGGCGCCUGCGGGGCAUGUGGAGGGCCGCUGGAGCGGCCGCCAGCAGCCGCGCGGGCUGCUAGGGGUGGCGCAAGCCCGGGCGGCGAGCGGCAGCGCUGCUGACCUAACGGGCGGUUCUGCAGGCAGCGGCGGCGGUGGGCGUGCUGGCAGGGGCGGCAGCCAACUCCCUGAGUCGAACACGGCAGCAAGGCAAUCGUCGCUGGCGCCGGCGCCUCCGUCGGCGGCGGCGACGUCGUCUGCAGUGGUGGCCGUGUCAGCAUCGCCGCCGCCGUCAGAGCCACAGCCAGUGGGUAUGCCCGCCUACCGCAAAAGCAAUCCCGACCUGACCACUGGCGAACGCGACUACGCCGUACAGUCGCACGGCAGCCACCGCAGCACCUUCAACUCGGAGCGCUUGGCAAGGCUGACUGGAUCGCGUCCGGCGCUGGCAGCGACAAACCUUGGCGACGGCGGCGCAGCCGGCGGCGGCCCAGAUGCGCGGCCGUUGCCGCCGCGGCCGCCACGCCUGUCGCUGACGGUGGCGGCCCACGCGGGGGGCGGCAGCACCGGCAGCUUCCGCGUGGCGGGCACGGGCCGUGGGACCGCGGCGUCAACUCCGAUUGGACUCGUGGAUCCUGUCAGGGGUAGCCGCCUGGGAUUGUACGACGGCGGCGGCGCAAGUGACACCAGUGCCUCGGUUGUGCCCUCCAGCCCAUCGCCCCAUGGGCCGUCAGGCGCGGCAGCGGCUCCCGUGUCGGCGGCGGCAGAGCGGCGCGGGGUGCAGCUGUCGCCGCUGAGAGCGUCCUCGGUAAUGGGACCCUUGGGCGGCCGCAGCGGCGGCAGCUACCCCUACGCCACCGCCUACCCGUCCACGCCUGCGGUGGCGGAGCCGGUGCCCGCCGCCGCCGCCGUUGCUGUUAUCCAUGGAGCGGAUUCUCUGGGGCGGGGCAAUGCCGCGGCGGCGGCGGCGGCUCGACCGCAUUCGCCGCGUGUGCACGGCGGUGCAGCUCGCAAGGCCUUUGACCGCCGCAGCUGCAGCGACAGUGGGGUAGAGCACAGCCGCCCCCUGCGCAAGGUAGAUGAGGAGGAGGACGGCGGCAGUGACGCGCCCGUGUUCGCGAGGGGCAGUGCGGUGCCAGUCCGGCUGUCGCUGUCAGGCUGGGAUACCUCCGUGGACGCCGAGUCGCCUGCUGCUGCUCCUUCAGCUGCUGCUGCAGAUGCGCAUGGCCUCGGGUUAGCGUUUGGCAGUGAGCCGCUGCCGCAGCCGGCUGCCGCUGCCACACAGGCAGCGGCCGCUGACGCUCACACACCGCCCGCCAGCAGCUCGGGGAGUGCUACUUUGGCCCUGGCGGCGGCGUCCGGAGACAAGAUGGUCUCGAUCUUUGACCGCUGGCACACCAAGUGGGGGCUGGCGGAGCCACAGGAGGACGCGCACAGGCCACUGCAAGACGUCGGCCGCGCGGAAGGCUCCGCAGGGGCGAAAGCGGCGGCUGGCUUGUCUGCCAACACCGAUGCUGCCGCUGCGGCGCUGGAGAAGCAAGGGCCGCCGGCGCCGCCAUCCCUGACGGUGGUGUCUGCGACGCAGGCACUGCUUCCUCGCAAGCAGGGUUCUGCGGCAGUGCAGGCAGCAGGCCGGUGCAGUGGCGGCCAUGCGGAGUCGUCCAUAGGUGCCGGCAGCGGCGCCGGUGCCGGGACCGGCAGCGGCGCCGGUGCCGGGACCGGCAGCGGCACCGUCGUGACUGAUGCGUGCGGAACGGACGUUGCAGCGAAUGCAGCUACAGCCGCAGCGUCGGACGGCGGCGGUAGUGGUGGUGGUGGUGGUGGCAGCGCUACAGCCAUCCGGCCGCUGGGGUCGGGGGCCUGCUGGCCCGGGGGGACGGGCGUGGAGGGUGUCAGCGGUGGCGUGGCCGAUCGGCAGCUUUCAACCACAAGCUUGACUGAGGGCUUAGCGUCGCGUACUGCCUCAGCUGCUAUGCUCUUCACCUCGGCUUCGUUGCACAACCACCUGUCUCCCUUGGGUCGCACCAGCACCCGUGCAAGCGGCGUGGCGGCUCCUGCAGGCACCGGCUUGGCUGUCGCCGGCAGCGGCAGCAGCCGCACCGCCACCGCCAGCGGGGGCGUCGUCGGCAUGACUGCCGGCGCCAGCCGCAGCCCGGCAAACUCUGUGACGGCGCAAGGCCGUUCAGGGGCUCCAGCGAUGCCAACAGCGCCUUCGCUGCUCGGCCGUUUUAGCCGCGGCGGCGGCAGCGGCGGUUCUGGCGGCAUGCCGCCGCCGUCUGGACCGUGGUCCUUUGCCAAUGCCGUGACCAUAGCUGCCGCAGCGGCGGCCGCGGCAAAUGCUCAAGGGGCGGCAGCUGCCGCGCUGGCGCGGGCUUCCGUGUCCGGCUGCGUCACCGCCACUCCGCCUGAGAGCGGCAUUGCCAACAGCUUGCCUGCGAGUGCUGCAACCGAGCACAUGACGGGGGUGGGCGAGGUAGGCGGCGCCACCAGCGCUGUGCAAGCCGAACCUCAAAGCAGCGGCCUCGGUCGCGGCAGCGGCGCCCGCGCGCCGUCCGGCGCCGGCGCCGGCGCCGCAAGCUUGCAUUCCGCCACGCCCCCGGCGCCUGGCCUGACGCCACAGCCCGCAGCAGCAACUGCUACGGCAUCGUCAAUGGUGGUGAAGAUGGCGUCUGGCGGCGGCUCCAGCCCUGCAGCGCUGGGGCCCUUCGCCGGCGACGCCUCUGCCUCCGGCCGCCGCUUUGCCGCCAUAACGUCUUGGCUGACCACCGCCUUUGGCGGUCCUGGAGCAGGCGGUGGUGUCGCCAGUGGCUUCACCCAGCCGCCGCCGUCGCUGGCGAGCACGGGGCCUCUUGGCAAGGGCGACGCCAGCUGCAUGUCUGUGGCGGCGCCAGCGCCGCCGCCGCCCACGCCAACAGGUCGGGCGGCGGCACUGCAAUCGACGACGGCGCGAAGCGGCGCCAUGUAUCGCGGCGCGCGGAGUCGGCCGUCCCUGCACCUGUCGCUGCGGCAGCGCGCGCCCGCGGCUCUGGAAAGUGACACGAGCGGCGAUAACGGCGCUGGCGGAGGCGGAGGCGGUGGAAGGGAUCACCACGGUCACGCGGCGGGUUACCACGGUGGCGCAGGCGGCGGCAGCAUGCAUCUUUGCUUCAGGGGUUUCCGUGUGCGAGUGGGCAUCUGCUCGGGUCUGGUGCCCGGGCGGGAUGUUGUGUACGUCAAGGACCAUGGCCGCCGCACCGCCUACUCGGGCGCAUGCAUGCAGGCAACCAAGCUCAUUAGCGACGCGGCCCUGGGCGGGAUGGUCUUGCUCAGCGCCAGCACCGCCGAGCGACUGCUGCCCCUGCCGCGAAAGGACAUUCAGGGCCUAAUCAUGUGGCACAAAGGCCGCUACGUCCUCGGAGAGCGGGGCGCGAGCCACGAUGCCGUGGGCGCCGCCGCGGCUGCUGCCAGCCACCUCCUACACGCCCCCUGUGCACCCGACGGGCCAGUGGCAGAGAGCAUAGACGUGGCGGCAGCCGCCGAUGCCGCCGGCUUGUCCACCACCGCGGCCGCGUCCCUGGCCACGCUCGCGCUGGCAAACGACCACGGCCGCGGCAUCCAAGGAGCCAGCCGCGACGGAAGCGGCGCCCUGGGGCCCGCGGUGCGCUCCUCUGGCGGGACGGGCACCGGCGCGUCGGGCCGGCUCACAGCAGCCAUGGCGGCCCUGGCCCUGGCCUCGCCCUCUGCUGCCACUAACACACGGCCGGCGCAGCCGCACGCGCACCUGCAUUCGCACGUGCACUUGCAGACGUCGCGGUGGUGUGGCGGCGGGUUGGCGCGCGGCAGCCCCGAGGCACAGGACCUUUACCAGGCUAUGGUGCUGCCCCUGGCCGCGCGGCAGCUGCUGCUGGAGCGGCAGCCGCUGCGCACACACGGCCCCGGGCCGCUGCUGCCGGGGCUACUGGCGGCGCCUGUGGGCGGCGUCACGUUGGCGCUGGUGCAGGUGGUGGGAUUGCCAACGCUCAUGGCCUGGGAUGCUGACGUGGCGACGGCCGCUCUGGCCCGGCUGACAGCGGCGGCGCUGCAGCUGCUGGCGGCGGCGGGCGGCUACCCGGCGGCGGCGGAGGGCGGCGAGCUACUGGCAGCGUUCCGGAGCGCGCCCGCGGCCAUCAGCUGGAUGGUCGCCCUGGAGGAGCACUUGCGCACAGCGGUGGAUUGGCCGCCGGAGCUCCUCACACACGAGCUGGGGGACGAGCUGGUGGUGGCGCUGCCGGCUGCGCCGCCGCCGCCUCCCACAGCACAGCACCAGCACCAGCCGCCACAGCGGGCGCCGCGGCAGUCUGGGGUGGGGUUGGCGGCGGCGGCGACAGCUGCGGCUGGCAGCGUGUCGUCUACCAUUCGACGCGCGCUGCAGCAGAGCCUGAGCGCUGUGAACCGCAGCGGCAGCACUGGCGGCGGCGCGAACGGCCUAAGCGGGGAGGAGGGCGCACCCUACCGCCCGCGCCUGUCGCGUGCAGGCGGCGAGGCGCUGGGCAUCACGGCGACGGCAUCAGCAAGCGGCCAGGCCUACGGCCUCGCCGGCGGCUCUCCACUGCUGCCGCCCUGGCUUUUAAUGGCCAGCCGCAGUGCGGCAGGCGGCAGCAGCUUUGCCAGCUCCGCCGGCGCCAACGCGGCGGCCGCGGCAGCGUCGGGCGGGGCGGCGACGCGGUCGUCGGGAGACGAGAAUGAGCCCGGCGGCGGCGCUGACACCAGCAGCCGCAGCCUGCGUCGCCUCUUCAGCGCGUCUGGCGGCGCCGCCGGCAGCCUCUCGCAGCGCUUCAUGGGCCGCGCCCGCACGUCGGUCCAUCGCGUCCAGGCGCUCAGUCCGCUGGCCCGUGACCCGAUCAGCAGCGGUGGCGGCGCUUCUGCUGCUUGCACUGCUGAAGGCGAUGGCGGCGGCGGCAGCGGCGGCGGCGCCAGCCUAAGCGCGGGGCCGCUGCCCGCCCGCCCCGCCAGAGUGCUUGGCCACCCGCCCAGAAGCUACGAGCUCGAGUCGGCUGGGGAAGGCGGGCAGCCGGAGGCGGUGGCAGAUGCUGCGGCGGUUCUAGGCGCUGAGUCUUUGCUGGCAGCGGCGGCAGCCGUUGCGGCGUCACCCGUCGACCGGCGCGUACACCACCACCACCACCACCACCACUACCACUACCAGGAGCAGCAGCAGCAGCAGCAGCCGGGCUUGCAGGUGUCGCUGUCGUCGCCGCAGCUGCCGCGCCACCGGACCACCUCGCCACAUCCCCAGGCCCCACCGCCACUGCUGGUGGAGGGGGAUGAGGAGCAGUCGGCGGCGCUGGCGGAGCCCCGGACGUGCCUACUGCCCCCGCCGCCUGCGCCGCUGCCGCCUCCGGCGGCCCCGCCGCCUCCAUUCGCACCGUCUGCUGCCCCAGCCGACGCUCUAGCGCACAUGGACGAGCGGCCUCCUCCGCGGCCUCCUCAGCUGCAGCUGAGGCCGCAGCUUCGCACCAGCGACGCUGCUGAGGCCGUCGCCGCCAAAGCUGACACGCCGCCGCAACGCAGCACACCGCGGGCGGUGGCCGCAGCCACGAUGGCCUUCUUCCGGCACGGCCGCACCGACGGCGGCGCUGUGGGCGGCAGCGCCGGCAACAGCCGCGGCGGCAGCGCCCGCUCCCUCGUGGCCGGUGGCGGCGGCAGCGGUGCCAGGCGCUCUUUCGCCGGGGUUGUCGCGGAGUACGCUGGCGCUGUUGCCAAGGCGCCAUCGCGGGCGUCCAUGCCCUCGCGGCCGCAGGGGCUGUUUCGGACCGAGCCCGGCGGCGGCGGCGGCGGCGGCAGGUGUAUGGAUGAAGCCGUGGAUGAGGAUGAGGAGUUGGAUGAGGUGGGGGCCGCGUACGGCGAUGCUUUCGGGUACGGCGGCGGCGACGUUGGCAGCCGCGCUGGCGGCGGCGCUGGCGGCGGUUACGAUGAGGAUGGCAUCUUCUCUCUAGUGGCCGGCGGUGCCCAGCAAACAGCAGGCGGUGAUGGCAGCCGCGCCACCACUGGUGGCAUCACCAUGAACCUACGCCUCGCGAACAUGGGCGGCGGUGGCGGUGGCAACGAGCGCCGCAGCAUCGGCGGCAUUGCGUUCGGUGGCGGGUUUGCCAACGGCGGCGAGGGCAUGGGCCUGGGCGGUGGCUUUGGAGGCGCGGUUGGCGGGGGAGGAGGAGGAGCAGGGGGCGGUUUGGACAGCCCCUCGCACUCGGGGUCGCUUUUUACGCUGGGAAGCGUGCUGCGCCGCCGCAGCACCAGUAUGCGAUUGCCCUCGAUGCGGGCCUUCGGGUUUGGCGGCGCGGCCGGCGGCGGCGGCGGCGGUGGCGUCGUCAGCAGUGGCAGCAACAUUGUGGGCGGCGGUGAGCGGCACAGCGGCGGCGGUGACAGGGACCGACCCCACGACCUCUAUGGCGCAGGUGCCGCCGCCAGCCCGCGCUACCACGGCCAGCCCCAGCACGGCGGCAGCCGACGCCGGACGGCGGACGUGGCUAUGCUGCCUGCGGGCGCGUUCGUCUCCCGCACCUCAAACGCCGGGCAUCAGCAGCUGCUUCGCGCGCAAAUGCUGCAGUAUGCGGCCGCCACCGGCAGGAAUUCUGAUGAAGCCGCCGCGCUGGUCCCGAGGAAUCUGGCCUCACCUGGGGCCAUGCGGGCUCAAGGAGGCGCGAGCACGGCCUCGCCUUUCGCAACCGGCUUCGCGGCAGCGGCAGUGGCGGCGGCGGCGGCACCAGCAGUGCCACUGGUCCUGGUGAGCGAUCAUGGCGCCGAGGGUGCUGACGCGGCGGGCGCAGGUGCGGUUAGCGGCGGUGGCGGCGGCGGUGUUGGCUAUGCGCCGCGUGCAGCAGAGGAGUCCAACUUCUACAUGCCGACGACGACGACGACACAGCAGCCGCAGGAGCAGCAGGUGCAGCAGGAGCAUCCUGCCUUUACGUUUGACGGCAUGCCACGAGCGGCACCCGCAAUCGCAGGGGGACCAGCAGCGGCGGCUGGGGGCACUCGCUCUGCUGCGGCACCGUUGCCGUGGAGCCCCUCGCCGCACCCCGCAGCACUGCCCGCCUCGGCUGCAGCAGCGGCGAUUGCAGUGUGGCCUAGCGACGGCGCGCCGCCGCAUCUGCCGAACACGCCGCCGCCGCCGUACGCGGCUGCACACCGUUCGUUGCCGCUGCCGCUGCUGCAGCAGCAGCACGCCGCCGUGUACCAGCAGCCACACCACACUUCGGCCCUGCCUGCCGUACCGCUGCCGCAGCCGCCGCACGCGCAUGCCGAGCACGCGCCGCCCAUGCAGCAGCGCUGCGUGUUGCGGGGGCUGCGCAUCCGCUGCGCCGCCGACGAAGGGAUGUUUGUACAGGAUGGAUCCAUCAGCGCGGCGCGGCUGUACCGCAGCCAACACGGCGGCAAAACGUAUGGCAGGCUGACUAAGCUUUGCCGUACGGCGCUGAUGGGGCAGGUGCUGUGCACGCGGGCCGUGGCCAAGCGCGUGCACCGCGCCGCUGUGGCGGGCGACGCCACGGCGGCGGCACUCCAGCUGACGCCGCUGCCCCCCGGCGGCGGUAAGCGCACCGUCGCUGCCGCGGCGGCGGUAGUGGGCGCCGGCGAUGACGCCGACGCACUGGCGGCAGCGGCCGCUGCGGUCACGUGGGGUGGCGGCGGCACCGCCACCGCCACUGCCGUCAACGCUGGCGGCGCAGAGCACGGCGCGCCUGCGGCGGUGGCUGCGGCGGCAGCGGUGGGACACUCGCACGGCAACAGCUUGCGGCAGCAGGAGGAGGAUGGCUCGGGGUUACACCAUGAGGGUGGGCCGUCGCGCAGUGGUAUGGCGGGACGUAGCAUAGACCUUGUGGGCGGCAUUCCGAAGGCGGACGUGUGGGUUUGCAGCUGGGCACCGCACACGCAGCGGGCGCAUGAAGCAUAAACUUACUAGUAAUGCAUGGCUGGGCUAAGCGAAAGUGGUUGCAUGCAUUCGCCGGUUCACGGGCUGUGCGUAGCCGGCAUGCAGCAAAACGCCCAACAAGCAGGGCAUGUGCGACGGUUGCGGCAUAGCCAACCGAAGGAUAAGAACAGCUUGCGGCUUAAGAUGCCGUGCCUGUAUCCAUUCCUGUUAGGGUCUGUUGUGUUUACAAGCAUACUAUGUGGUAAUGAGAAUGAGUCCAGCAGCGCUCGUGCGGCAAGACCAUGGAUGCAAGUGGUCAAUCAUAUCGGUGGGUAAAUUAUCACGACUCGAGCAUGAGCAAGCGAGAAAUGACACGGUGUAUGGGGGGUGCCGGCUUGUGUGUAUGGCACUGAAGCACGUGCUAACAACUCUCACGGCACGCGCUUGCAAAGGCGUAAGCACUUCCGUACCACGUGCACUGGGAUAGCGCACGGUACAGAGGAGGUGGUGUGGGUAAAUGAGAUGGGGUUAUAACAAUGUCAUGCCAGGAACAAGUGCAUGUUUUGGGACCCAGACACAAGUUCCAACAUUCUAUUUAGGGCACUGUGCACGGCGAUGCGUCCUUCGGGGGACUAGCUAUACCCUGCAUGGUUGCACCUGUGCAUUGCCAGGUGGCUGAGCAAAUACCGUGAUGUAUUCUGUGAUGGGCGUUUGGCAGUUUUAAGGUUGCCCAAUUCUUCGAUAGACGGUUUGGUGAAGGUGGUGAUUUGGGGCCUGCAACAGAGCCCGGAAGCAGUGAAGCCGCGAACGGUUCUGAAGCUGUGCGAUUUUAUUGCCGUGCAAGUUGAGCGCAUGCUCUACGCACCCAGCCUGUUCCGCGGGCAGGAUGUUCCGUACCGUAUGUACAGAGGCGCAAAAGGCCUGGCUCUCCACAUUUUCAGGUAGUGGAACAUUGAAAGCAGGUGAGUCUCCCCUGAUUAAGCCUCCAUCACGCGUCCUUACCGCGCCGGCGGUAGUAGCCAUUCCCGUCCAUGUAAGACAAAACGGGC